AUGCGAUCAUCUAAAGAUACUAUCAACAGCUACUACCGUUUACCAUCACCCGAAGAGGUGAGAAAAUUUCGAUGAUAUUGGCCAAAAUUUGAUAAUGAUCGAAAAAAUAUUGCUCGUCGAACAAUAUCAUUAAACUGGACUCGCCCAAUAUUUUAUCGACAAAUUCCAAUUAGUAUUCAUGUUCCUUCGUCAUAUGCAUUUAUUAUUACCAGUAUUUUUUAUCAUUUAAUAAUAAACUAUUGUUUUUUAUCAACAUUUCUUAUUCUUGAACGUACCUCAUUUAUAAUUGCUUUAUCUAUUCUAUCGCGAUUUUGCUUAAUUAUUACACGUAUUUAUACAUUUAUCUUUUUAUUUCAUCUCAAUGCAUGGUGGUUUGCAAUGACAUUUUGUAUUGUUCAUUUUUCAUUAAUGAUUUCUCUUCUAUUUGAUCGAUCAACAUUGAAAGAUAAUCAAAAGAAAAUUUUUAUUAAAUUAAUUUUUUCGUUUUUAACACAUAGCUCAAUUAAUGAUAUAUCGAUUAAUGCAUUGAUAUCACUGGAAAAUAUUUCAAUAUUUCUACAUCGUCUUUAUCUUGAAACAUUUUCAUCACAUAAUGAAACAACAGUACGUUUAAUUAUAUUUAUUUCAAUACUUAUUUCAUCACAAAUAAUUGGUUUUCUAUUUGAUAUUUUAUCGAAAAAUAUUCUUUAUCGAACUGGAACAACUAAUCAAACAAUGAGUUAA